UUGUUUAACCGGCUACUCGAGGGUUAUGUCGGACCUAUCAGUUUGGUCAAAAAAUGUAAAGAUUAUACGACAAUUGUUACGUAAGAUUUCUAGUUUUUUUUUAAAUGAUUUUUAAAAUAAGUAAAAGCGAUCCGACAAACACAAUCCGACAAGAUUACUAUCUUUUACGACUAUUCAUGCAAAGAGUUUCCCUUUCUUUUUAUAAAAAAAUAGGGACAUGAGUUUAAACACCAAAAGAAGUAACUCUCUUUUCAGAUGGAGGAAGCAUAACUGUACGGACGUCUCUUACUCGAUUCCACAUUCAUAUCUUCUUCUCUCGGGCAUCAAUUAUUCGCUUGGUUAUUAUUUGAGAUUUAUUUUCUUUGGACCUCCUGAGAUACUUUAAUAUAUAAGGGACACAAGCGUGGUAGCCAAACAGCAUGUAUUUUUUUUUUUUUUGACCGAACAGCAUGUAUUUUGAAAUAUUAAAUCUAUGUAUUUACCGAUUAGCACGUUUUAAUAUUCUUAACUGAAUAAAAUUGCUCAAACCUCAUUAUAGUUAUAUUCUAACCGGUGCUAAAUUAUCACUGAUCGAUUUUACGGCCUCGACGAUUAACAGAGAUUACAUAUAAUAGUUUUUUUAGAACUACAUAUAUUACUGACAUACGAGUUUAUCUCACAUAGCUAUGUAGAUCAGAUCCACAAGCUUUUGACUUCUUAACAAAUCAUUUCUACAUGAUGACUACAAAUAUACACACUCAUUGCUCGUAAUAGAAUUUUCUAUCAUAAAGUGAAAUGGAAUAAAAGGAAAACUGUGCCGCCAAAAUCCAUAAAAUACAUUAAUUCCACCAUCUGCUAAAUGUCACCUGUUAUUUCUUUUUUCCACAGAGACUCCAUUAGGUCCGUCAUACGGAAUGGAUUUCAGGUGGAACCAUUCCGAUCGGCUGAUCAGGCUGUAACUGGUAAAUUGAUUUCGAAUUAAUGGAACAAAAAUAAAUGGAAUGAUAAGAAUGAAACACAGUUUCUUUGUAUUUUAUCAAACUAUUUUUGGAAUUGGUAGAAAGACUAUUCCAUUCAUAUCAAAUGGUAAUUUUUUUUUUAAAAUCAAUGGAAUCCACAAUUCGACAUCAUUCCAUUCUAAAAUAUUGUAAUCUAGUUACACUCAAUUUACACGAGAAUAAAUAUAUCUGCGUGCUCGAGUUUUUUUCCACAGGAGGUGCGUACGGAUAUUAUGGGUUUCCAAUAAAAACAUAACGAAAAAACAACAAAACGAUCUCUAAGUUUACAAAGACAUUGUAACUCCGAUCUGAAAUUAUGUAUGGUGAGCUGAUAAACUUUUCCAUAAUUCUUUUUCUCUCUGCAUUUUUUUUGUCAGCUUUCUCCCUGCAUUUUAAAUUGUGAAAUCCCUAUAUAAUGUGGGUUUUUUGUGUUUUAAAAAAAAGGUUUUGAAAGUGUAUACUGUUAAGAAAAAAGAGAAAUUAAGUGAUAAGAAAUUAAGAAAUUAAUGGGUGAGCGUGGUAAGAGCCGACAAGAAGGACAGGCAGAGCCGUCUAUUGCCAACAACUCCGCUCUGAUAAAAGCCUGUUCUACUUCUUCUCCAGCUUCCUUUUUUUCUUUCAGAUUUUAAUUUAUUUUCAUUUCAGUAUUUUUUUUAAUAGUCGGAUGCAUUUUUUCUGACUAAAGUAUAAUCCGAUACAUUACACAAGGCUAGCUGUACAUAUAAACAAUACAGUAUUACCGAUCGAGUAUUAAUACUAUUUAUUGGUUUUACCUGCAAUCACUAUCCUUCUGUGUCUUCGGUUAAUUUUUUUUUAAUUAAAAUGAAUAAAAUAGUAAAUGUCAUGUUAUUAUUAUACACAAAUUAUGGCCUUCACUUACUAACAAAAUGUAAUUAUAGGGAAAAGAGUUGCCCUCUCCUCUAUAAAUACUUUGCAUGGCUCUCUCACUCUCCUCAUCAAAACUUGAGCAGAUCUCUUUAUUCUCUCUUAUUCGUUCUAGCUCGUAAGGUUUUUUCAAAAACAAAAAAAAUGCAAUAUCAGACAGAAUCGUGGGGAUCAUACAAGAUGAGCAACAUAGGGUUUGGCGGCGACGUGGGGCUUGCGGCGGACACAAGCCUGCUUCGCCUAGAGUCUCUGGUGGCCGAGAGCGCCGUGGUAAUAUUCAGCGUGAGCACGUGCUGCAUGUGCCAUGCCGUGAAGGGUCUCUUCAGGGGAAUGGGCGUCAGCCCCGCCGUUCACGAGCUCGACCUGCACCCCUACGGCGGCGACAUCCAGCGAGCACUCAUUCGUCUCCUCGGCUGCUCAGGCGCUUCUUCUCCAGGUGCUCUUCCGGUCGUCUUCAUAGGCGGUAAGCUGGUUGGGGCUAUGGACAGAGUCAUGGCUUCUCACAUCAACGGUUCUCUCGUUCCUCUCCUCAAAGACGCCGGCGCACUCUGGCUCUGAACCCUUCAUUGUCUGCUUUCUAAUUGCUUUUAAAGUUUUUUUUUUCUUUUUUUUUAAGAGAAUGGGGAAGAUUAGGGAAGAAACCAAAGCUAUAAUGACAGGCUAGGUUAUAAUAGUUUGUAAUUAGAGAGAGAGUUGUGCGUUUGUUUUAAGAUCUAUCUAUUCUCUUAUCAACUUUACUAGUUUUAUAUGUCAA